AUGGUGCAGUGCGUUGGGAUUGCGUUGAUGCUACUCUUCGGAAUAGCAACAGCGUUUCGUCAACAGUCAGUUGGUGUCAAAGGGCAGUUAGUUUGUGGUGAUCAACCAGUCGCAAAUGAGCUUAUCAAACUUAUCAAUCAUAAUACUGUUGGUUUCGAUGAUCAGCUAGCGACUGUAAAGACAGAUGCGCAAGGGUAUUAUACGAUACAAGGAGGCUUAGGAUCACUGUUAUCGAUGGAAGUGAAGAUGAAAAUAUAUACGGAUUGCAACGAUGGAUUGGUAUUGUUCACUUAUAAUCUGAGUAGUCUGAUUUUAUAUACGUUGUCGGCCGAAAUUGGCUAUCUGGAAUUUGGUCAAAUCGAGAAUAUGAUGUCAGGUUUUAGAAUGCUGCCAGUACUCGCGAUACUUUUGACAGCGGUUGACCUUUCAUCAGCACUGUUAGAUCAGUCGAUUGCGAUAAAAGGACAACUUGUGUGCGGUGAUAAGCCAAGCACAGGUGAUACUGUCAAGUUGAUCAAUCACAAUACCUUCACAUUUGAUAACGAACUCGCAUCAGGAACAACUGAUGAGCAAGGAUUCUACGAACUCUCAGGCAUUCUUCAACAAAUAACGACUAUGGAUCCUCGUUUCAAGAUUAUCACUAGCUGCAACACUGCAAUGCUCAACCCGUGCAAUCGUGAGAUAUCACUGGGCAUUCCUGAUGAAUAUGUCUCCAGAAGCACCACACCCGAUCAAGUAUUCAAUGGUGGUGUAUUACAACUGAAGUUCAAAUUCCAUGAUGAAGAUCAUAAAUACGUAUUCAUGAUCAUCAAUUACACACUGAAGAUCACAUGCCUAAAACCAAACGGAUUGCCGCUUCAAAACACGAUCGCAACCAUUGCAACAACAGCGUUUCGUACACAAAGUGCUGGCGUUAAAGGAACUCUUCUAUGCGGUGAUAAACCUCUGGUUGGAGCUAGAGUUAAACUAUGGGAUGAUGAUAGCGGUCCGGAUUUGGAUGACCUAUUGCAAGACGGAACAACGAAUUCAGAGGGAUAUUUCGAGUUGAGCGGGACUACCAGUGAAUUAUCAACGAUAGAUCCAGUUCUUAAAAUAUAUCACGAUUGCGAUGACGGCAUUAUGCCUUGUCAACGAGAAGUGUCGUUCGAAAUACCAGAUUCGUAUGUACAGAGCGGUGAGAAGGUGAAGAAAUUCUUUAAUAUUGGAACAAUAAAUAUGCAAAUUAUUUUUGAAAGGGAAUCGCGAGAUUGCAUUCAUCGAAAAUAA